AUGCAGCCACCACCCAGAAAGGUAAAGGAGAGCCAGCAGGUGAAGCUGGUGUUCUCAGAGCAGCUCAGCAAACUGCAGACCAAGCAACACCAGGACUCUGAACUGCUGGAAGAAAUCAGGUCCUUCAGUAAGCAAAGAGCAGCUAUAGAGAAGGAGUAUGCUCAGGCUCUACAGAGAUUGGCCGUCCAGCACCAGAAGCGAGACUGGCAGAGAGGAAACACAGACGCCGUCACAUCCGGGAGUGUGUUUGGUGUGUGGCGCUCUCUGGUAGAUGCCACAGCUCACACCGCUGCAUCGCGACUUGCUGCUGCAGAAGAAUACCGCAAACUGAUCGGACUGGCCUCCAGAAGUCUCCACAAUGCCAAGGACAUUCGGGCUAAAAGAGGCCUGGAAAGACUGCAGAGGGUGCAGGGGGAAGUGGUGGAGGCGCUGCGGGAGCUGCACAGGGUCAAGAAGAGCUACCACCAACUCAGUCACAUCACCAAUAUAGCCAGAGAAAAAGCUGCAGAUGCACAGACCAGAGCUAGAAAGAGUGAGCAUGGGAUUUUCCACUUCAAAAUUGGACUACAGAAAAUGACGGCUAAGCUCGGUGCCCGGCUGAAAGAGUGUGACGACCGUUUGACUGAAGUCCGUAACGAGUAUCUCCUGACGUUAGCGGCGGUCAACACUCACCGGCAGCACUACCACGCUCAUGACCUGCCACUCAUUAUGGAGCAAAUGGACGGUGAUGUUUAUGAUAAUUUAAGAGACCACUUCACCCUUCUGUGUGGGACAGAGAUGGACAGCAGUCUGGCUACGCACAAGCAGUUCAGCAGGAUAUGGGACAGUGUUGCCAAGGUGACCAGAGAGAGGAACGUUCAGCAGUUCCUGCAGGAAUCUGCUUCUUUCACCGAAGCGUGUGACUUCAGGUUCCUUCCUGCUGCACUGGAUCAGGCGUCUGUUCUGCAGGACAUCUCCACGUCAGGAGAGGAGGGCUGUCUGAUGAAGGAGGCCAGAAAAUGGGCUGCCAGGGCUGCCAAAGACUACAAGAUUGUUGCUCAUGGGGAGAGGGUUCUGCAGAUGUUGGCGAGCCGCCUGAAGCUCUUGUGCGGGGAGACGGGACUCAGUGUGGAGCAGAAGAUAGCAGAAGUUCAGGAGAGCGUCAGGAAAGCCAAGCUCAGCGGGGUGAAGGCCGAGGCUCGCCUGGCGCUGCUGGCAGAGAGCGUGGCAGGAGUGGAACGCUGGCGCCGCAGCGCCAUGGACCAGGCAGAGGAGGAGCUGGAGAGGGAGAGGAGGCUCAGCGAGCAGCGGAGGUCAACAGGGGACUUUUCAGAGGACGAGUUGGAGCUGACGGACUUUGAAGACUACGACGACGAUGGCGGAGACAUUUUUGUGGAGCCUGUUUCAGCCUCCGGAGUGUGUGUCUACCCUGCAGCCUGCAGAGUCACGCUCACCUAUCAGGCUGGCCAAUCAGACGAGCUGUCAGUCACAGAGGGGGAGGAGCUUCAAGUGUUGGAAGAUGGAGAUGUGGAGGACUGGCUCAAGGUUAGCAACUCCCAGGGCCAGGUGGGCUACGUCCCUGAGCGCUACGUGCACUUCCUGUGUUUCCCUGCAGAGGACCCGGCUCAGCUGGACCGGUUCAGCCCCGCCUCCCCGCCCGGGGGCCGAGAGGAAGCAGGGAGUAGAGGUGAGUUCUGAGCUCUGUACGCCUACCGGGGUCAGAGUGCAGAGGAGCUUUCCUUCCAGGAGGGGGCGCUGAUCCGGCUCACACGCCGUCGACAGGGAGCGGUGGACGACGGCUUUUGGGAGGGAGAGUUGGAUGGAAAGAGAGGAGUCUUCCCGUCCCUGGUGGUGGAGCUGGUCCAGGAUGAAGGAGAGGAACAGGACGGAGAAGAGCCUCACCAGACUCCCAGCAGGCCUCCCUCGUCUCCCCCCAGGACGACCUCCUCAGCUGCCGGGGAGAUUCCAGCAGGUGGUUGUUCGCCCCCUGGUGGUCUGGAGGACUCACAGCAGGCUGCUCCCUCAGACGUGUCCAGGCGGGCAAAUAAGAGAUUAGAUGCUCAUGGUUUACACCGUUGCCCAGCUGUCCCGUCAGAAGAUAGAGGAAGUGGACAAAUUCCUCUGGAGGUCCCCAGUGGGCAGAUAAAACCAUGUCGGCCGCCCCCUCCUCCUCCCACACAGAAGCUUCCAACUCAGUGGUGAGACGAGUACACAGCGAUUCCGGACAAAGCAAAGAUUUUUGUUACCCUUUAUGGCCUUGUGAGUUUAAAUCAUAAACAGCUAAAUCCUUACCCAGAGAGAGACGGACCUCUGUAAAGAAACAGCUGUCAGUAUAAAUAUGUGCAAUGUAUAAUUCUUAUCAUUUAAGUGGAUUUAAAAGUGUUAAAACACCUAACAAAGAUCAUUAACUAUAAAGUAUGACUUUUUUAUUGUAAGCAGUAUGA